AUGGCCGCCGCCGAGACAGCUUCCGCGAGGCGAUCGAGCGAGAUGGCAGCCAAUACGAUGGUAAUAGAUACGACAAUGUCUGGAACCGAUGUGGCGGGGUUGACGGCUUCGCCAAUGCCCCAGACAGCUAAGCCGGUUGAGGAGGAAGAGGAGGCGGAGGAGGAUUCAGAUUCGGCUUCAGACUACUCUGACGACGAUGAGUUUCAGUCUCCACCAAAUUCGAGACCUCCGACAACGUACGCAAAGAACGCCGAGCGACCAGCCCGCGAAGAUAUGACCGAAGACGAGAAGACAACAUCCAAGACCGCCGAGCUGGAUCUGAACAAUGGCUCUCGGCCAGGAUCAAUACAGCUUGUGGAGGCCGACGCUGUGGAGGGGGCAGCAGCCGAGAGGCCUCAGACGCCAGCGUUGUCUGAGGGAGUGUCUUCAGAACUCGAGACACAGAAAGGCUCGACGGCAGAACCUAAGGAGGUCCCAGCAGACUUUGAGGAUGUGCCAUUGGAAGCAGAGCAAACACCUACAGCUUCUCGUAAGGCACCUCCGCAUCUGGAGGACCUGCAGGCGAGUCUACCAAAGCCUGACCUCGUGCUCAAGACAACCUCUGCACAAGACGAAGUACCGGAGGCCACGAGUGAGCCAGCAUCAGAACGCCAGACGCCUACGAUUGAGGUAACUUCAGGACCCUACUCACCGGAGGGAUCUGAGUACUCAAACUCACCUGCUGCAAGUCCGAGCACUCCCAGCUUCUCCAUGUCACCAAGGACUCCGCAAGAGGCUCACAUGUCUAUGGACAGCAUGCACUCUGUGGCACUAUCCCAAUCGAGCCUGGACUACGACCACUUGUCUUCUGAGCAGGUCGAGGACGUACUGGCUACUCCACGUGUCCGCAGCGUUCGGCAUCUCCGCAAGCCAAGCAGCCUCGAGAUCCUACAGAACACCUUCGGACCGCCCUCGCGACAAGAAACGCUCUUCGACUACUCGAAGGAUGACCCGCUCGACACGCCAGCUGUCGGUUCCGAGGAGACCGAUCGCUUCGACUUCAUGGACACGACAUCAGCGUGGCUGUCGCAGAGCAACGGAAGCAUGAGCACGCCGAAAAGAGACUCUGGGUCGUCUGACAGUGACGUGGAAUUCGAUUGGCAGGCCUUAGACAUGACGGAAGAGCAGGAGAAGGAAGACAAGGACCUGGCAGAAGGCGCUGAGGACGAGUCUACCGCUUUCCUCCUGGCACGGCUUGAGCAAGAAAACGCAAAGUUCGCUGCGCCAGCGGUGCCGAAGCAUGUCGAGCGUGUACGCAGCCAGAGCCGACCUCCGAGCAUGGCACAUCUGAAGAAGCUGGUUUCGAAGCAGGACGGAUCCAAGCUACGGUAUAGUCUAGGGCCGGACGUGCUGCAGCAGAUGCCAGUCGACGAACCACCACUCAUGACUGAGUUCGACUUCUGGGCAGCCCUCGUUCAAGACUACCCAUCCACUGCAUCGCGGUUGCCGACUUUGACGACUGCUAAGAUACGAGCUGGCAUUCCGCCGCCUUUGCGAGGUGUGGUGUGGACGAGUAUGUCUGGUGCGAGAGACAAGUCUUUGGAAGAGGCGUUUGAGAAGCUCAAGAAUGAGAAGAGUCCGUAUGAGGGUAUCAUCAACAAGGAUGUCGGCCGCUCGUUUCCUGGUGUCGAGCUUUUCAGGGAUGCAGACGGUGAGGGACAAAAGAUGCUAGGCCGGGUACUGAAGUGCUUCUCGCUGCACGACAAGGAUAUCGGCUACUGCCAGGGACUCGGUUUCCUGGUCGGGCCGCUGUUGAUGAACAUGGGUGAGAAGGAGGCUUUCUGUGUGCUUGUGAGGCUCAUGGACCACUACGCGCUGCGACCAUCCUUCCUGCCGUCUCUUUCUGGCCUCCAUAUGCGCAUCUUCCAGUUCAGCACCCUUCUCAAGCAGCAUCAUCCAGCCCUCGCCGAGCACUUGACGGAUCUGGGUGUUGAGCCGGCUUACCUCUCCCAAUGGUUCCUUUCCUGCUUCGCUGUCACCUGCCCGCUACCCAUGCUCUUCCGGAUCUACGACGUCAUUUUCGCAGAGGGUGCAAAUGAGACCGUUAUGCGCGUCGCCAUCGCACUGUUCCGCCGAAAUGAGGAGAAGAUGAUGGCUUCUACUGAGUUCGAAGAAGUCAUGCAGCUCCUGCUUGGCCGUGGCAUCUGGGACGUCUAUGGUCUGAGUGCCGACGAACUCAUCGACGACUUCACAAGUUUGGGCAACAUCAUCACGUUCCAGCGUCUGGCAGAGCUGGAGAACGAGUUCGAGAGCAAAGAUCGCGAGUCCGUUGGCCAGUCCGCCGGCUUCCUGCCAGACGUACAAGCCGCAGCAUCCCGCUUUCUUGGACGGUUGUGGACACCGAACCACGCUCACACGCCGAGCAAAGGCGCAGCCGCGACUCUCUCGCCUUCUAGCGCCGAGAAGGAACCACAGACGCCUAGCGGCAACAUUUUAUCGAGACCGGGUUUCUUGAGAAGAAGCCCAAGCAAGACGAGCAUUGGAACUAUCAAUGAGAACAGUAGUGAAGGCUCAGCUGCCAAUAGCAUUGCCAGCACUGCACCAACCGACGCGGAGAUCCACGAUGGCGAAGCACGGGAGAGCCAGGCAGAUAGCGCAAGCAUGAGGUCGAAGGCCGAAAGCAUGCGCACCGUGUCCAUCAGUACGAAUCAAGCUCACGUGCAAUCCAUGCAUGGCAUUAAGGAGCAGCAGGAACUGCAUACGCAGAUUGAGGACUUGCUAAUGGCUUUGUCAGAGAUGCAGCGGGAGCAUGCGCAGAUGGCCGCGAUGUUGCAGAAGGAGCGCGAGGACAGAAAUGAUGAUCAUCGCGUGGUGAGGAAGCUUGUUGGCAGGCUCGGGCGUGGAAGACCGAAAAGUCGGGAAGGCAAGGAUGUCAGGAGGAGUAUGCCGCCGAUGGCAAGACAGCUGAUGCCGGAGGCUGCGACGGAUGUGGCGGACAAACGAAAGACGCUGCCGUCGCGACCACGGCCAGAAGUCAAGACUCUUCCCAAGCGACUCGACCAGGACGUAGAAAAGCCGAAGGUGGUGGCAGAGACCGACGACGACUUCGAUGAGCUGGUACACGAAGUCCAGGGCCGACUGGACAGCAACGCUCGCUUUUCGUACAGCUUCGAGACGAAAGCACAGCUGCGGAGCAACCUCACGCGCACUCGCGAGCAGCUUUGCGCAGCAGAGGUGCAGAUCAAGACCCUCAGCGAGCGAGCAGAGUUCUCAGAGACGAGCCUUAUGACCUUCCAGAAUGAAAGCGAAAGCCUGCGCUCUGAGGUCGAGGAGCUCCGCACCCGUGUCAACGACGACUUUAAGGAGAAGCAGAAGCUCGAGCUCACGAUCCAGAACAUGGAGAUCCAGAUGCGGAUGGAAGCGAAGGCUGUCGAGAAGAGGCAACGCACUGGAUGGCUCUCCCGCGGCGAAAGCAGCAGCGAUGUUCCUACUGUCAACAAGCCUCAGUCGCAUGAGAGAUCGAGGACUGGGUCCAUCUCGAGCCAGGCUGGCAGUACGACUGGUUUACGAGAGUUGAAGCUGGGGAGGAGAGACUCGGUGGGCAGCGUGCAAAGCAUACGGUCUAUGAAGAUGCAGCGGCAGCAGUCGGAGGGCUCGCAGACGCCUCCAACGGUUGCUGUAUCUGCUUCACCACCUGCUGGCGAUGCAGAGGUCGUGGUACCGCCUACGCCGCCACCGGUCGUCGCAGAAUCCGCUACUCCCACGCCAACUCCAGCACCGAUUACCGUGCCCACUCACCCGUCCGGCCCCUCCCACACCCCCUCAGCCUCCCUCUCCGUCCCCGGCUCCGCAGGCUUCGCUCCCCGCAAAUCCAGCCUGGCUACGCAAAAGGUCCUCGCUAACCCCACCCACGAACCCGUGCCCGACGAAGCGCUCCUCCUCGAACUCGUCAACGCCAAAACGUCCGAAGCCCAAGCCCGCGCCGAGGUCGACGAGCUGCGCAAAUCACUGCAAGUCCAAAAACGCCGCGCCGACGAGACGCUCCUUGAAAUCCAAGCCGAAGUCGCUAACGCUAAGCUCGAAGCCGAGGCCGCGAAGCAGGAGGCCGAGAGAGCGAGGUUGGAUGCGCAGGCCGCGAGGGCAGAGAUCUUCGAUGCUGAGCAAGUGGCGACGCCGACUAGCUAUCCCAGCACACCUGCGCCGAUUGAGGAGGAAGCAGAAGAGUAUACGCCUGCGAAGAAGCCGGAGCCGAAGAAGGCGGAUACGGCGCCGGUGAGCGCUGGUGGCGGCUGGUUCUGGAGCCGUAGGACGGCUUCCACGAACAAAGCCAUGGUUGACAAGGCGGCUGAGUAG